AUGCCAUCUAUUCUUAACGACGAUGAUAAGGAUACCGUAAAGCGGUUCAUCCCCAAGCAGUCCAACAAGAUUCAGGCCGUUGCUGUGGCCAGGCUCUACGUAGCAUAUCCCAAUCGCUCAAAAUGGACAUACACCGGACUACAGGGAGCCGUUGCGCUCGUGAACGAUCUGGUCGGAAAUACAUACUGGAUCAAGAUGGUGGAUAUUUCGCCUUCCAAUCGAGGAGUUAUCUGGGACCAGGAGAUUUUCGAUACGUGGAACUAUAACCAAGACCGAACCUUUUUCCAUACCUUCGAACUCGAAGAAUGCCUCGCUGGUCUGAGCUUCGUCGACGAAAAGGAGGCCAAACAGUUCAAGAAGAAGAUGGAUGAGCGAGAGAAGAACGCAAGCCGAGCUACAAAGGCGACACCCUUCGGUGGAGGUGCCCAGCCAGCCCAUAAGCAUGGCCUGUUGGGAGGGCUAUUCGGACAUCGCCAUUCGACUCAUAUCAGCUCUCAGCACACAGCUCCGACUCCUCCGGAGUCUCCCCGGAUGCCACAUAACUCCAUCCAGCAUCAUGUUGUCAACUCAACUCCGAAUCUCAAUGGCUCAAGACCUUCUGAAUUUGCACUCUUAGAUGCGUUCGAUCCUCUGUGGCGCGAGCACUUUGGCGCAGAUCUUCAAGACAAGGGUUUGACGGACGACUUCAUCAAAGAAAAUCAAGAGUUUAUUGUCGACUUCCUGAGAGAAGAACAACAGAAGGCCAAUCAGCCUCAUUCGACACCGCCACCUCCUCCAGCAGCGAAAGCACCCUCGCCAACCCCAACUGCGAACGGUAAUGAAGGAAGAGGCUCUCGAGCGCCUCCGCCGCCACCGCCGCCCGGUAGUCGACCGCAGUCAGACGGUCCUCCAGCGCCCCCGGCUCCGAGAAAAGGCGGCCCCCCACCUCCUCCAGCCCCGAGACGGUCGGGCAAAGCCGAAUCUCCGGCGAAGGAUGCUGCGCCUGAACGAGCGCCGUCACCUCCUCGACCCAAGUUUGGCGUCCCUCCACCGUUGGCCGACGCUGGCAAAUUCGCACGUCAAGAUCCUCCAAGGGCUGUUCCAGCUACGCCCACUCCUGGACCUCCCCCUCCUCCUCGACCGGCCAAGACUCCUAUAGAAACACAGAAGAAUGAGAGUCACAGAUUCGGAGUUCCUCCUCCCUUUCCUGGUUCAAGGGUACCCCCACCAACACCUAGCCGUGGGCCUGUUCCUCCUCCUCCUCCACCUCGACCGGCCGAUAACCACCCUGUGCCUGCAGCUCUUCCUCCUCCUCUGCCUCCCAAAGUACCGGCUUCUUCAGCUCCACCACUGCCGCCUCCAAGCUCCCGGCCUGUUCCUCCUCCUCCAGCAGCCAACAAUCACCCUCCUGCUCCACCUCCCUUACCGGCGACAAGUGCUCCUCCACCUCCUCCGCUACCACCAACGUCAACAAAUGGUGCACCUCCUCCAC